GUGUGAGUGAAGAGUGAAAUUCCACUUUCUUUCAACUCAAAAAAGUUGCUCAAAACGUUCAUGAAAUAAGUUGACUGGAAGCCUUACUAGAAGGACUUGUAAAACAUAUCAACAGCAAUGUUCAAGAACGAAUAUCAGGGAGGUCCCUAUUUUGAGAUAUUCAGUGUCCAUGGCAAGGAUCCCGUGGCCAACUGGAGACUGACCGGUGGAGCCGGUGUCCGCAAGGCCUACGAUAAAGAGGUGAAGAGUUUUGUCUACAGUCUGGAAGGGAGCGUAGCAACAACCAAGAUGCAACUUCCAAAAGAUUCAAAACAAGCGUUGACCCUGAUCCAAAGAUAUUUGGUUUUCCAGCUGCAUGUGCCACAAGGACAGGAUUUCUCACUGGAUGUGGGAUUGACGGACCUACAGAACAACAAGAGACGCCUAGUUUUCUCCACAUCUCAUAAAGAAGUGAGCCUGACGCCGCUCCAUGCUAAGAUACCCCUGACAAUCAUGAGGAGAGCAACAUGGGUGAACCUGUGUUUGGACAUGGUCUCGUUAGUUGGGGAGACGUGGAGGGGCCAGACAUUCAAGGCAACAGAAAGUAUCACACUCUCAGCAAAUUGUAAACUGCGUAGAAUCUUCUCAAUGAAGACACAGCCUCCUGACGAUGAUGAUCUGUUUGCACAUGUGAGUUCAAGUGAAGUUGACAUGAUACCAAGACAGUUCCAGAUCCCACAUGAUGUGUCUCACUUUACUCAGGUCCUCACCAUGACGAAGAUACGUCAUCCUCAAGGUGAUAAGAGUGGAGACCUGUCGAAUCGGCCGUCAUCUGCAUUGGAUAUUGACCUGAGUUCGAGCGGUAGCAGACGAUCUGGCCAGUACCACAUCGCAUUUGGAUCCAAAGUUCCCUUACCCUCUGGUUCAUCGGCGAACAAGAAAGUAGCUGCUGGCAGAGAUGGAAACACCUCAAGUAGAAAAUCUCUCUCCAAGUCAAGAUCUGAUGAAUUAAAUGGUGAGAUGUCAUCCCGGGAGACUGCCUACAGGGACUUGGAGAGCGCCCUCGAAAUCCAUGACGAGGAUUCUAGUAUAGAACCUGCCCACUACAGGCUGGGCUCUGACCCAGGGACACAGGUUGACCAUGCUCAGGCAGAGAAGGGUGGCAGCCUUGGGUCAGGUAGCAUCAACAGGAACGACGAGCGCCCGCUACAUGCACCCCAUCCUCCCAACGUCGCCCCACAUCCACCGAGCGGACCUUCCAAUGAUCGGGUAAGGCGGCGUAUCCAUCGGGUGAAGAGUGCCAGUAAGGACAAGGUGGCAUCUGGUCAGAACUUGGCAGUGAAAGAUAUACCUUAUGAUGACAGCAGUACCUCAAGUUACAGUUCAUACAGCAAGUAUGGUGAUGGUUCCAUCCGACCGAAGCAGAGCCAUGACUUACCAACAAGGAGACAUCACCCCUCGAGUGAGGAUGACACUGAUGAGAGGUACCAUGAUGAGAAGCCGUCUGCUUCCAGUAGACUAGAGCCGAAAGGAUUCCCUGAAGAAAGUGUCCAAGAAUCGCUACGAAAUGAUUAUGACGAGGAACUCGGUAUCAUCAACGACUCGGCUCCAAGUGAAGAUGAGGAGGUUGAGACAAAGGAGCUGUUUGCCGAGGACAAUGACGGCCGCGAUGAUUCGAUGGACGCCAUGAUCCAGGCGUUGAGGGCGCAGGCUGAUAGAACAGACGUUGGGAGUGACGAGGAGAAUGAGGAUGUCAUCAAGAACUCAUAUGAGGAUAGUGAAGAAGAAGAUAAAAAGUCCUACAAUGCAGAGGUUUAUAUGUUUCAUUCUCCUCCGAAACCUGCCAGUCGGAGGAUAGUCGAUGAGGAACCACGAUCACAGUCCAUGAUGAGUCAACUCAGCUCACGAAGUCAUCCUCGAAUAGUCAUGGAGGCAGCGACAAACUCUCGUGGAGCACGUCCUGCAGAUGACUUCCAUAGUAGUGUCAGCAGUGAGGAGGAAGAGCAAGUAGCUGAACGCUUAUCAAGACUUUCUCCGAAACCGUCAGCGAGACUUUCACCCAAACCUGGAUCUGGGCAGUCGCGCAAGGCACGGUCCCCUCGUAGAUCUCCCAUUGUGAGCGACAUUGAAAUCAAUUUGAAACAGAAUGGUGAAAGUAGUGUUAAUACGAGUAGUAAUAAUGAAGAAGACACUGACGAAGGUCAAAGAUCACGACCGAAAUUAGACCCAGCAGCAUACCAAAGCAUUGUGUCUGGUCAUAACAAGGCAUUGAACUCUAAUACGAGCAUGAAGCUACAUAAAUCUGUGAACUCUUUAUCAGUGACUGUGCCAGAGAAUGCGCUACUCAGUCCUGCUGGUAGCCAAUCGCGGCACAGUAUUAGUAAGAAAAAGGUGCGAGAGAUACCGAAGAGUGAUGCGAGGUUGUCGCAGCUAAAUCUUGUUGCUGAGCAACCCUAUGAUGAACACAAAUAUGAGAUGGGUGAGGUAUCGGACUCAUUUGAAGCUCGGAUGUUAGAAAGCCUUAAGCGUCAGGCGGAUGAAUCUGCUGGGGAGGAUGAAGAUGAGAAUGACGAGGCUGGACCGCUACGGAAGCCCCAGAAUCACGCUGCCGUCCACGAUCUAGCCAAGCAUGCGUAUGAUGAUGAUGAUUCAUUGUCCUCUAGUGAUGAAGAUACAACAUCAUUUAGCACCUGGAAGAGCCCGGUGCCUACAUUGUUACCUCACCAUUAUCAAGAUGAGAUGCAUUUAGCCUCCUCCAGGACUAGUCAAGAUACAUUAGGUUCAUCAAAUCCCAGGGACUGGUCUGGAGUGUUUAGCCCACCGAUUGUUCUUCCCAGUGAAAUGAAGAGAGACCCGAAACCAGAGGAGCUGUCUCCAAGGGAACAACCACCCCAACCAAGACAGAAAUCUUCAGAUUCGCGAGGUCGGCGGAGUCGUUUGAACAGUCAGGGUGAGACUGCCCUUGAACAAGACACUGAUGAGGAGGAUGAACUUGACCUUCUCUACGAUCCUUGUCUCAACUGUUACUUUGAUCCAAAGACAUGCAGAUAUUACGAACUUGUGUAACGUUCCAACAAUGCUCAACAAAUCCUUAUGAUUUGGACACAGCGUCUUCUGAAAAUCUUGCCAUAUUUUGCAGUAUUAUUAGUUGCAAAAUUGUUGCAGUGCAUUUACUUUGGUGUUUUGUGGUUAAAGCAUUCGAAAGUAACAGAGACUGUAAAAGUGAAGUUAACUUUGUGAUAAAUUUGUGCUAACUGGUUUGGCAACUGUAAGUUUAGGGUAGGGGUUCAUAAAUAAUGUUUAAACAUAGUGUCCCGGUCUGAUUCCUUUUCGGAGGAUGUAUUUUUUGUCAAUGCUUGUUCAAAACUUGUGAAUUCUAUUAAAACCCUUAAAAUCUCACAAUUUUCUGGAAAACAUUCACAGCCUUGUCUCUCCCACAGCAGUCAUCUGGGGCUGCUGUCUUGGACUGAACUAACAUCUCACUGUGCUCUAGAUGACAUGCACACCAGGGCCUACUGCCUCAGGCUGAGCUAUCAUCUCACCAUACUUGUGAAGACGGGUAUAAUGUACUUGGCCAUCUCUUCUAUACCACAGGCACAAGGGCCUAACGAAAGAGAUCUUGGAUUCGUCGUUGUAAAAUCAGAAUUGUAACAGCUUCUGUCAUCAGCUUGGUUGUGACAGUCAAGUGUCGAGGACGAGUGAAGCUGGCUGGUAAUGCAGCAGUCAAUCUGCUGCAAGAGCUACAUGGUCAGAAUUUGACCCUCAUUCACCUGCACGAUAGUAUUUUUGACAGGAAUUCACCAUGUGUAUAAAAAAAGCUAUUCUAAAAAAACCA